AUGGGAAAACAAGAUCGACAAUUCAGGGACUCACAAAGAGCAGGACGAUACGUCAGUCAGCCCACCGGCUAUCGAGCUUUCGUACCCGCUGCACUGCCACCUGAUCCUCCUCUUGAAAUAAGCGCAGAUCUGAAUGUGCUGCUUUCUCAGGCCAAUCUUGCGUUAGGGCGUUUGGACGGCUCGAUCCAGACACUGCCUGAUCCAGAUCUAUUUGUGUACAUGUACGUCCGCAAAGAGGCGGUGCUAUCCAGUCAGAUCGAGGGAACGCAAAGCUCGUUGCAAGAUGUGUUGGCGGCUGAAGCGAAGAUACUUACUCCCGACCGUCCGCGUGAUGUGGAUGAGGUGGUGAACUACGUUUCGGCCAUGAAUGAAGGGCUCGCCCGACUUGCUGAGCUCCCCAUCUCGGUUCGGCUAAUUCGAGAAAUUCACGCGAAAUUGCUCGAAGGUGUGCGGGGCUCACAUUUGACACCGGGUGAACUGAGGACGAGCCAAAACUGGAUUGGACCUGCAGGUUGCACCUUGGACGAAGCGAUAUUCAUUCCUCCUCCGCCGCAUGAAGUAGCUCAACAUCUGGCAGAAUUGGAGCGGUUUCUACAUUCAGAUUCGCAACUGCCCCUGCUGGUGAAGAUUGGACUAGCACAUGCUCAGUUUGAGACCAUUCAUCCGUUCCUCGAUGGAAACGGACGUGUCGGGCGAUUGCUGAUCACGCUAUUGCUGUGCGAAAGAAGCGUGUUAGUGAAGCCAGUACUCUACCUUUCUUAUUAUUUCAAACGACAUCGCCAAGCCUACUACGACCACCUGCAAUCGAUCCGAGAUGAGGGCACAUGGGAGCGAUGGCUCACUUUUUUUAUGCACGGUGUUCUAGAAGUGAGCCAGCAGGCCACAGAUACGGCACGUGAGAUCCUAGAACUCCGCGAAAGUCAUCGCAGGGCAAUCACCGAUAAUCUUGGCCGCGCGGCUGGAAACGGAUAUCGAGUGCUCGAACAUUUGUACGAACACCCAAUCGUGUCUGUGAAUGAUGUUAAAGGGCUAAUUAGAACCACAUAUCCGGCCGCAAAUGAACUCGUGGCAAACCUGGUUCAAAUCGGCAUCCUUCAAGAAUUCACUGGUCGCACGCGUAACCGGCGAUUUCGUUAUGAGGAGUAUGUACAACUCUUCCACGACACUGAAAACUGA